GUAUAAUUACAAAAUUCAGAAUAACUACCUGUGUUUGUAAAUACUUAAGACGUCGAGUUGCCUGUAACCAUGUAUAGCUUAUAAUAUAGAACGUAGUAUUUUAUUUUGUUCUUAUUUUUAGUAUUUGUUUUCGCAUCCAGUGCAGCGAAACGUACGUAAUGGCAAUGAGAAACUUUUGACUUCUAUCUGUCAUUGUCAGUCAAUCAUUUCAAAAAGCAAACAAUCUGCGAAAAUAAACUUUAUUUUUGUCAAGAACUAUCGGGGUUUUGUAGUAAAACAACUGGAUAACUAAUGUUUUGAUAAAAAAAGAUAGUGUUAAUUAACAAAUCAAAUUAGUCUGCAAAAUUCACAGGAAAAAAUGAAUAAUAGUCACUGUCAAAGUUUCUCACUUUUGUGUGAAGAGCUUUGCAAUCUUCUAUAUCUUAAAGAAUAUAAUAAAGAUAAAGUCAAUUCCUUAAUCGACGAGUUGAAUGCUAGACCCUUUAAAGCGGAGUUAUUCGCUCGGAAACAUGAUGCAGCAGCUGUAAUUACAGCUUUAUGUUUAAAUGUUAAGCCAAUAGAUGAAUUUUUGGCCGCGAAAACCUCACAUUUAUUAAAUAGUAUUAUCACGAAACAAAGCUUGCAAUUUGGCUCUGAUUAUUUGUGGAAAGUAAUUUCAUGGCAUGUGGAUUGUCUAAGAAAGUGUUCAGACAUAGUUCUACCUGAUAUUCUUCAUAGUAUGCAAUGCAUAUUGCAUUAUAAUCCACAAGCUAGUCAUAAGUUUACUGAAGAUUUAAUUGGUAAUCAAGGUUUACUCAUAAAACUAAUAGAUCCAACAAAGAGUUCUCUUAGUACACAGAACCCAUUACAAAUAUAUUUAAUAUGCUUGAAAUGUAUUACAAGCAUUUUAUCGACUACAGAUGAAAUAAAGAAUAAAGUAUUGAUUAGCAAUGAAUCAAAAGAACAGAUUUCGCAAAUUGUGACAAGGUUUCUCAUGAAAGGAUAUUCAAAGUCUCAGGAUGAGUUUUUAUAUUGUAAGGUAGUUAUAUCAGGUUUAAGAGUACUAUCCCAGCUAUAUUAUAAUGAUCCUAGUAUCAGCAUUCUGCUACCUGAAGUGAUGGGGAUCUGUCGCUAUUUUGUACUCUAUGGAUUAGUGACCCAGCUCAGUAUGCCUGAGAAGAUAAUGCCAGCACAGCAGACUAUAGCAAUGGCACCGGUUACGCAUAACCCAAACCCUAAAGGAGGAAAGAAACAAAAACUAAGAAAGCAAAGGAACAAUGCAAUAGAGAGUUUGAAGAAGGAAAUACCAGUAUCAGAUCACAGCUUGAUGAAAGAUGUAGAUAAUUUCGAGAACAAUGCUGCUUACAAACCUGCAAGUCGUAACUUCUUAGAGCCACAGAAAGGCAAGAGUUAUUGGAUGCUGACCAGCGACUCCGAUAUGUCUGAUGUUGAGAAUAGUAGAGAGGUGAAGCUAAUAGCUCUACGGUCUAGAGUAAGACAAAGUGCCUCCAACUUAUUUUUAGUUCUAGUAAAGGUAAAAGAAAAGAAAGACAUAUUUGGUUACUGGUGGGCUCUGCUCCCUGACUCACCCGAUCCUGCGAAUUGGUCUGCAUCAGAGGCCUCUAAGAAGACGCUAGCAUAUUGUGCGAUUACUGAUCCGAUAGCUAGCAGUCGUGCAAGUGUAUUAAGCGUUAUUUUAGCGCUCUUCUCUGGCUCCAGAAUGUAUCUGUCUCAGGCGGAAAGUAGUAAGAAAGAGACUACCUCCUUCAUCCCAUUCUCCGAAUCUCUUGGUUACAUGAUCACAUGUAUGCAUAAAGUGUUGAAUAGUAUCCUUGAGACCGAGAGGAGUCACGCCGUGAUCAUCAUAGCUCUGAAGUGUUGUGCCGCCUUGGUACAAGCGACGCCAUACCAUAAGAUGAAGGAAGGCCUUUUAAGUCAACUAGUUUUGUCUACUAGGAAGUUUUUGGUACAUAGAGAUGUUACAUUACAAGUAGGUGCCCUCAUCACAAUGGGAUGCGUUCUCUCCGUCGAUCCCAAAGUAGGCGAAGUACUCAAAGCAAUAGAAAAGGACACAGUACAAUCUAAAGAGUCUUCUACCACGAAUUCUUUUAGAAUAUCCCACACUACCCACAAAUUUGACACAGAGGAAUGUGAAGACUUUGAAGAAGGAUAUUCUGAUGAUGAAAUGUUUACUGCUGUGGAACCAAUAGCGGUAGAAAAUAGUGAAAAAGAUAAAGAAGAUAAUCAUUAUUUCAGAAGUUGGAUUUUAGACAUUUGUUUCAAGAAUAUGGGAUGGAUCUUUAGAGGGAAUCAAGUUACCAGAAUCAAGCCAUCAGCAAUACCUUUAAUCUUGGAAUCACUUCAAGUGCUGUCAGCGAUAUCGUUCCACCACCUACAAGACCUCCUGUUCGACCACAUUACUUUAUUGGGAGAUAUUCUGAGUGAACUGCUGCAGCAUGAGCAUCAGGAUGUGGUCCUGCAGUCGGCAAGGGCUGUCAGUAUCAUUGGCGAUGCGAUACAAAAAUUAGAACAUUCAGAUCAACCGCCUCCACUAAACCAAUGUGUGUACAUUUGGGAGAAGUUGAUAACACCGCUGUCUACAGUACUGCAGUGCCAUGAGAACUCGCCGUGUAAGCCCGUCGUCUGCGACUGUAUUGCUAACAUUGGCGAGAGGUCGUUUAAGGAACUGCCGAGACACCUGCAAGUCCUGUGCUGCACGUUGCUGAUAGGUUCGUGCAGUGACGAGGAGGCCGCCGUCCGCGCCGCCGCAGUGCGCGCGCUCGCCAUGCUCGUCAUGUACAGGACUCUGAGAGAUGACAUAUGUUUUGUUAGCGACUGUGGAGAGAACAUUUUGCGAGCGCUGAAAGAACCUAUGCUAGUUGUAAGGACUAAAGCUGCUUGGGCCCUCGGGAACCUCAGUGACGCACUCGUAUUGAACAUGGAGGAUCCUGAUUCCGAUGACAUAGACGAUGACCUUCUAGUUCGCUUGUUAGAGGUCAGCAUACAAUGCGCAGUCGAUAAUGAUAAGGUAAAAAUGAGCGCGACUCGCGGCCUUGGGAAUUUGUUGCGGUUGAUAAAAAACGAGAAUUUAUUGCGAAAUUCGCAAAUAAAGACCUUAUGCGAAACGGCAAUAGGGAAGCUUUUAGAUUGCGCAUGUAAGGUGAACAAUAUGAAGGUGCGAUGGAACGCUUGCUACGCUAUGGGGAACGCGAUGAAGAAUGAACAGCUCUUCACUUGUUUUAAUGGAUGGCAGGGCAAAGUAUUCCCAAACUUAUGCACCUUAACUCAAGAGUGCAAGAAUCUGAAAGUGCGUAUCAACGCCGCGGCCGCGUUGCGUGCGCCGCAAGCUCGCUCGCACUACGGCGAACACUACGCGCUCGUGUGGCGGGGAUUACUCGCUGCCAUGGAGAAUGCUGCCAACGUCGAUGACUUUAAUGAGUAUAAGCAUAAAGAUAAUCUUAUUGAACAGCUAUGUGUGACUCUUGCCCAUCUCUGCUGCCUGCUGACCCAAGCUGACCUCUCCGACAUCCUGGACCCUCUCGUCUUCCACUACGACACGGCUAAAGCCUUAUUCACACAAGUAUGCCACAAGCUACCCCCAGAGAACGCGUCCUGUUUGCGGAUCCUUCAAGCCGCGAAGUACGUUACCGUUGACUUGACUACAACUUCUGAUCCACAGAUGCAAUCUUUGAGCAUGUUACAGGAUAUAUUUAUAUGGGAUAUGUGAAAUCCUCAUUUGUAAAAUCUCCAUCGUAGAUUUUAGUGAGGUUAUUCGAAAACAGUUCUUAUGUUUAUGUAUAUACGGUAGUUUUUACUCCUACUGCAUUUUCGGAACAAUAACAUGCUAGUGCCUCAAAUCAAAGUACAGUUUAUCUCAAAAUAAGAAGAAGGUUGUCUGAAUUGAAUCCUUAAUGAGGUAAGAUACGAUUUAUUAUUGUAGGUAGAUAGAUUUUUAUACAUUUAAUUGUUGUCGUUACAAGUCUAUGACGCAAAUUAAUCUCCGUAAAGUUCUUCCGCAGAUAUUUGUAAUUUAUGAACGUAGAAUUACUCGUUUCACGUAUUUGUGAAGUAAAAUUUAUAUCUACAUAAAAAUAAAUAUACUGAAACUAAUAUUAGCCUAUAGUAUUGUAAUUUAAUUGUUUAAGUAACUUCUUGAGCGACUUAGUCGAUAAAUUAACGCUUUUACUUGUAAGCCUAUAAAUAUUAACAUUAAGAGUCACGAAAAAUAUUGUAUUGAAGAUUAAUAUUUAUAUGUAAUUAUUCAAAAAACAUUAUAAUUUGCUUUUCUUCCCGCCCCUAAAUAUGUGUGUAAUAAAAACAGGUACAGUCAAAAAAAUAAAAAUACCAUGCUUUGAAUAUACCAUUAUGCUAUUGAAUACACGCACACACGCUUACCUUUCUCAUUGCGCUUUAUUCAAAGCGACAAGAACUUUAUUAGUUUCAAAAAAUACUUUUUUUCUGUCUGUACUAUAUGUGCAUGGUCGACGCGUGCCGACUCAAGUUAUGUUAUUAAAUACAACAAGAUCUAUUACGUUUAAAUAUAUCAUAUCCUGAUAACUCUUGAACUCUAUUAACAUUCAACGCAUUUUUGCGUACUUCAUCCCUAUACAUCACAUAGAUGAGUAGUUUAUAAUACGCAAUAAAAGGUACGAGGUUUGUUUAGUGAGUAAACAAACUUAUCAUGUUCGUUUGUCUGUAUUUAAGACAAAUAAAACGGUUUUCUUAAAACAGCCGUUACAUAAUUGGUGAAACUAUAAUGAGGCUUAUUUACAAUAUUUAACAACUCAUAAUUUCUUCUUCUGUUGUUCGUGUUUUUCAAAACGAUAAAGUUUUAUUUAUUAUUUUUAUUGUAAAUGGACACAAGAGUAUUAUGUUCCCUGGUUAAGUGAAUUAAGAAAAAUGUGUAAAUAUAUAUUUAAUUCUUUCGAUAAAAAUGUACACAUCAAUCUUAUAAAUUAUAAAAGUAUGUUUAUUUUUUUAU